CGUUUGCCGCUAUUUUCAUUCAUAAUAGAGUCCUCUAUCUCGUCCAAUAAUCCAUAUCCUGCUUCCUGUUGUAGUCUUUACCGUGGGGGCAACGUGCACCCCGAGCAGACACCAGGGAUGGCCAGUGACAAGCCGGACAUCAUUGUGGCGUUAGACCUGGGCACCACCUAUACCGGCGUUGCCUGGGCUCGACCUCAGAAAUACGAAGUCUUACAAUCGCCUCUGCAGGUCCUUCACAACUGGCCUGGUGGAUCCAGCAAGAAUGAGCAAAAGGUCCACACCUGUCUGAUCUACAAUCCCGAUGGUAGCUUGUCAUCCUGGGGAUUUCUGUGCGAGGAUGAUGAUCUCACCGACAAGCAAAGGCGAGAGUUCUUCAAGAUCUUCCUCGACAAUCAAACGCUUGAUGCAGCGCACCACCAAGGCAUAAGCCAGGCGCCUGGGUCAGUUCAUGAAGCCCAGAAGCUGGUUGGUGACUACCUGCGUCAGGUCUAUCUGCACGUCAAGUCCACCGUUGAGUUGCAUACGGGCAUAGGCCAUGUAGGCUGGCAGAACUUAGCAGUAGAGUUCGUCUUCAGCGUGCCUACAACAUGGAGAAGUCAAGAUACCAUCAACAACUUCAAGGAUACAAUUAGGAGUGCGGGAUUUGGAGUCGAGGGCCCGAGGCACACAGCAACAGUUGAACUCACUGAAUCAGAAGCCGCAGCCGUUGGGACCAUCAAAAACUCGACAGUUGAUUUUCAAACUGGGGACAUCUUCCUCUCCGUCGAUGCCGGCGGCGGAACCACCGACUUUGCGUUGAUGCAAGUCGUGGAGGCCAGAGAGCCAUUCCCUUUACUCGCCCAGAUCAACCAGGUGGAAGGCAUUGGUAUUGGCUCUACUCUGAUCGACCAAGCCUUUGUCUCCCUAGUCAACAGCCGCCUCAGUCAGUUCCCCGAAUUGGUCCAUCAACUUCCCCCUGACUGCGCGGAAAGAUUGGUGAGAAGUGAAAGAUUCCGGACGACGAAACACAAGUUUGGGGAGCGAGUAUAUGAAUCCUCAACGUACAAGCUACCCCUGGAUGGUGUGCCUUUCAACUUCACACAUGCAGGGGCGCGGAUCGAGCUAGGUAGGAUCGUAUUGACAUGGGAAGAUAUCCAAUCUCUUUUUGAUCCACAUGUUGAGAGCAUUAUGCGCAAAAUCCAGGAACAGCUUGACUGGAUGCAAAUCAACGGCAACAACCGCUCUCUAACACACAUGAUCCUGUCGGGAGGUUUGGGCAGCUCAAGAUAUAUUCGAGAUCGCAUUCAACAUGAGUUAAUGAUUCACCCAUAUCCAUAUGCCCAGCAAGUCAAGAUACUGCAAGCACCAGAUCCGCAACUCGUAGUGGUCAAAGGACUGCUACUCGAUCGGUUGCAGAAGCUUUAUUCUGGUUCCACUCCAGUGAUUGUCAGCAGGAUAGCCCGAGCCAGCUAUGGGUUCAUAUGCAAAGCGAAGUAUAAUCCCGAUAUCCACUUCAACGACGUGGUUAAGAAGGACCCUUUCGAUGGUGAGAAAUAUGCAAUGGGCCAGCUUGACUGGUUGAUUAGAAAGGGUGAUGUCAUCAAUACCAAUAUCCCUAUAACGUCAACCUUUACCAAGAAGGUCGAUCCGGGGGAUGAGGCAAGGUCUUGGGAUUCCAUUAUUUAUAUAUCAGACAAGGACCGCGACUUCCUCCCCAAAAGUGUUUCCGAAGGUGGCGCAAAACAACUCUGCGUGGUCAAGAGCGACCUCACUGGGGUCCAGAACAAUGAUUUAAUCAUGAAGCGGAAGUCCAAACGCUUCUUCAUCAAGGGCAAGAAGUACUAUAUAUGCAGUUUCGAAGUGCGAGCUAUUGUAGCACCAGCAGAUAUCAGGUUCGAACUUUGGUUCGGCGGCGAAAGGUUUUCAGGCAAUCACGAGCCAGUAAAGGUCACAUGGGACUCGGAGGGUACACAAGUGGGGAGGAUUUCAGAGCUCCUAUGAAGAAGAUACUUGACGACAUAGAUAUGUCCGCAAAUAGACGAUGUUCAAAAACAUGGAUAAAUACUGUCACAGGUGUGCACCGUGCGUAGCCACCAG